AUGCUGCAGGAAGAAGAGGAAAUGUGUUUUCUGACUAAACAUCUAGUUCUUUGGAUAGCAUCCUUGACUUUUAUAUUUGGCCCAAACAGUGCAGGAACACAACCUGAGGAAGAACAGAAGGAGAAAAACAAUGAUGUCUCCAACCAAAACUAUUUGGUAGAUGUUUUACGUAUCUUUUCAGCUGAUCACUUCACUGAACAACACCAGAACAAAUCGAGAGAAAUUAUCAGGAGGCUGCUUGAAAGAACCUUGUGUCUAUAUAGUUCUGGGUUGCAAGAACACAGUAAUCUGGUCAUUUUCCCUCCUUAUUUAUAAUGCCUUGAAUAUGAUGCUUUCCUAUUAAUUGCUGGUGGUGGUUUAGAAUACAAUCUUAGUGAAGAAGUGUUCCAGAAAAUUUCUCUUAUUCUUUUUUAUUAUAUUACUUAUCACCAAGACACCUGCUCAUCAAACCUCAGUCUCAGCAAUUGGGAUUAUAAGUUUUAUCUUAACAGUAUGCUCAGUUUAAGAAGCAAUGAGGACGCCUACUAUUUUUCAAGAAAUGAAACAGAAGAUGUUCUACAUGCCACAAGAAACCAUUUUAAAAUCUCUUCAAAUCAGAUUCAGAAAUAUGGAUACAGCACUGCAGCAGUCUCACUUAAUACAGCUGGAUCAAUGUUUGUCACAGCUCUAAUUCCAUUCCAUUCCUGUCAGGAAAGUGAUACUCUUGUUUUACAACUUUUUGUGGGUUUAGCAGAAGGAACCCUCGGAGAUGCUCUGCUACAUCUUCUUCCACAGAUGCCAUAUCUCAAACUUGCUGGAAGAGAUUUUGCAGUACUGUUAAGUACAAGGCUUUCUUCAAAAAUUGCUAUUUUAAUGAAUUUUCUAAGUGCCCUAACUGCUUUCAUAGGACUUAACAUUGGCCUUUCAAUAUCAACAAAUGCAUGGAUUCAGAGCUGGAUAUUUACUGUCACUGCUGGGAUGUUUUUGUAUUUAUCAUUAGCAGAAAUGGUUCCUGAAAUGACUCACGUUCAGUCCCAGCGACCCUGGCUGAUGUUUCUCCUACAGAACCUUGGAUUACUAUUAGAUUGGCUGUGUCUCUUGCUUCCAGCUAUAUAUGAACAUAAGAUUAAAAUAUAA